AUGGCGGAUCAGUACUGCUUGGAGAGGUUUGCCGAGCGUCAGCAUGGCCAACGGGAGCACAAGGCGCCAAUCAUCGUCUUGGAUAAGGAUUGGACCCUGGAGAAGUACAAGGGCUGGCAUCGCCCAGAAUGGACGGAUGGGGAGAUUCACAAGGAGAUUGAUGAAGACGUGGACCCGGAAGAUUUCUACGUGCCAGAUGACAGUGAAAUGAUCUUCUUUCAGGAGAUUGAGGGGUCGAGAGCACCAGUUCUAGGGUGGAUGUUUGCAGAGAUCAGCUCGAUGCCGGACUUGUAUAAUGACCUUGCCACGAACGAUAGCUAUGACGCGUUUUACCGAGCUUAUGCCCGACCUCCCAGAGUCUACCCCGAUCAGGACGACGAUGAGUGGAAGGUGUAA